UAUGAUUUAGAAUAAUAAAAAUAUAAUUCAAAAUGGGUGAUUCAAGUAUUGAUAUUGGUGAGAUAGAUAUCAUAGAUCAACCUGAAAAAAAAAAUGAUGUUGAAAAUGCUAAUAAUGGCUUUGUUAUUAACAAAGAAGCAGACAAUUUCUCUUUAAAUAAAAACGAGUGUGGAGAAGGACUUGCAUGUAAACUUUCGCAUGCUGAAGAGUUCUGGACUUGCAAACGAAAUGGUGCUGUUAAAAUCCGUAUGUCUGGUGAAAACGAUUCCAUUGCCAAUAUGGAACCUAUAUCUAUUAUGGAAUUUUUCAAAAAAACUGUAGAUCGGUUUCCAAAUCGUCCUGCUUUAAAAGCAGAAAGAGAUGGUAAAUGGAUUACCUGGACAUAUAAAGAAUACUUUGAAGAAAUACGAACAACAGCUAAAGCAUUUAUACAGCUUGGUCUUGAACCAUAUAACGGAGUUGGAAUACUUGGUUUUAAUUCACCAGAGUGGUUAUUUGCUGAUGUUGGAGCCAUAUUUGCUGGGGGCUUGGCAGUUGGUAUAUACACAACAAACAACUCAGAGAUGUGUCAUUUUAAUUGUGAAGAUGCUUGUUGCAAUAUUGUUGUUGUUGAAAACAAUGUUCAACUGCAGAAAAUUUUGCAGGUUUGGGAUCGUCUUCCUAAACUAAAAGCCAUUGUUCAAUAUACUGGUGAACUAAAAGAAAAAAAACCAAAUUUAUACACUUGGAAUGAACUAAUGGAGAUUGGUCGUGGUAUAAGUGAUUCAGUACUUGAGCAACGCAUAAAUGCACAAUCUCCAAAUAAAUGUUGUACACUUAUAUACACUUCUGGAACAACUGGAAAUCCUAAAGGUGUUAUGCUUUCUCAUGAUAAUAUUACAAUUUGUGCAAUAGCUGCUUCUAAAUAUGUUGGGCUAAAUCCAGAUAAUAGUCAGGAUCAAGCUGUCAGUUAUUUGCCCUUGUCACACAUCGCUGCACAAUUAACAGAUAUAUGGAUCCCAGUUUUUGCUGGAGCAUGUGUCUGGUUUGCAGGACCAGAUGCGCUUAAAGGAGCUUUAAUUGACACACUUAAGCAAGCUCGCCCUACUUUAUUUCUAGGUGUACCAAGAGUUUUUGAGAAGAUAGAGGAAAAAUUGAAGAGCAUAGGUGCAGCAACUACUGGUGUCAAAAAAACAGUUAGUAGUUGGAUGAAAGCAAAACUGUUACUUGGAAAUCAACUAAAAGAAGCUGGAAAACCUGUACCUUAUGGAUGGACUAUUGCCAGUAAACUGAUGAAAAAUGUUCAUAAAGGUCUUGGUUUAGAUCGAUGUCGUUUAAUUUUUACUUCUGCUGCUCCUAUAUCUAAACAAACAUUAGAAUAUUUUCAGAGUUUAAAUUUGCCUCUAUUGGAAUUAUAUGGAAUGAGUGAGUCAACAGGUCCUUUAACAAUAUGUUCACCAGGGCAUUCACGUAUUACUUCUGUUGGAAAGUUACUCCCAAUUAAUGAAGCUAAAAUUGGAAAUCCAGACGAAGAUGGUAGUGGCGAACUGUGCUUUAGAGGGCGAAAUGUUAUGAUGGGAUAUCUUAAUAGUGAGGAAAAAACAAAAGAGUCUCUUGAUGAUGAUGGUUGGUUGAAAUCAGGAGAUGUUGGAAAAGUUGAUGAAGACGGCUUCUACUACAUAACUGGUAGAAUAAAAGAAUUGAUUAUUACUGCUGGCGGAGAGAAUAUUGCUCCUAUACCCAUAGAAGAUAAUAUUAAACUUGAAAUACCUUUUGUUUCCACUGUAAUGGUAAUUGGCGACAAGAAAAAAUUUCUUUCCUGUAUUAUCACACCUCAUGUUGAAAUUGACAAAGAAACAGGACUGUCAACGGAUAAACUUUUGCCUUCAGCUGUGAAUUAUUGCAAAGAGCUCGGUCUUGAGGUGACUAAAUCUCAAGAUAUUUCUCCUAAUGUUCCUGAAGUUCUUCAAAAAGCUAUUCAAGAUGGUAUCGAUCGAGCUAAUAAAAAAGCUGUUUCAAAUGCUUCAAAAGUGCAAAAAUGGAAAUUAUUACCAUUAGAAUUUACUACUGCUGGUGGAGAACUUGGUCCUACACAAAAAUUACGGCGUCCGCAAGUUAUGAAAAUGUACAAAGAAACUAUCGAUGAAAUGUACGAAAACUUAUAAAAAUUAGAUGUUUUCUUUUCAUCUUUUAUAUAAACUUUUA